AUGGUGUGGCAGGUCUACACAUCGCUGGAGCUCCUCAUCGCCGUGGCGUGCUGUCUGGGCAAUGUCCUGGUGGUGUGGGCCGUGUGUUUGAGACGGACCUUCCGUCAGCCCACUUUCUGCUUUGUGGUGUCUCUGGCCGUGGCAGAUUUCCUGGUGGGUGUGGUGGCAGUGCCUCUGGCUGUGCUGGUGGACGGUUGGGUUGAGAUACCGUUUCAUGCCUGUCUGGCAGUCAGCUGUGUGGUGCUGGUACUGACUCAAGCUUCUGUGCUCUCACUCCUGGCUAUAGCUGUGGACCGAUACCUGCGUGUUUCGAUACCUCUGAGGUAUAAAGAAAUAGCCUCUCAAGAGCGUUCAUGGAUCGCAGUUGGUCUGUGUUGGCUGAUUUCCUGUCUGUUGGGAUUUACUCCACUUUUUGGCUGGCAUAAUGAUUCUCUCGAAUCCCCUCUUCUGAACUCUUCCUACAUCACCUGCACCUUCCUAGCUGUCAUAUCACUGCCCUACAUGGUAUACUUCAACUACAUGUGCUGCAUUCUUCUCCCUCUGGCAGUCAUGACACUUCUUUACGCUCUAGUCUUCUAUAGUCUCCGCAAACGCCUUCGAAGGGAAGAUGAGACCCCCGUGCCUGGUGAAUCUCAGUUAAGGGUCUUUCUGAUUAAGGAGAAAAGGCUGGCAUGUUCUCUUGCCCUUGUUCUCCUUCUCUUUGCUGCAUGUUGGAUGCCUUUGCAUCUCAUGAAUUGUAUACUGCUUUCAUCAGGUCCCAAAGGUGUCCCACAAAUUGCUUUCUAUGCAGGAAUUCUCCUCUCUCAUGCCAAUUCGGCGAUUAACCCCGUGAUCUAUGCGCUUCGCAUCAGAAAGAUCCGAGAAGCUUACCUGGAGAUUUGGAGACAGUAUGUGUUGUGCUGGAGAGGCCAAAGUUGUUUGGAGAGAUCCCAACCAGGAGAACAGAAAGCUAGGAAUCAGAUCAAAUUAGCCUUGAACACUGCUUCAUAA